AUGAGAAGUGUAAGGAGAAGCUACCGAAGUCAAAAUAACAGGGGUCUCAUGAGCAAAAACGAUUUUGACAGAUCCGCCAGGCCUAAGGAAGCGCCAAGACUAUCGGAGUACAACUUCAACGUCAAUACUGCUGCCAUCGUAUCUGCCAUUGGACGCAUCAAAGACACGAAGUGGCCUCGACCUCUACAGCUCGACCCUACUCAAAGGGACCCCAACCUAAUAUGCAAAUAUCAUGGCACUCAGGGCCAUAGACCUGAAGAUUGGCGACAACUAAGAGAGAAAGUAGCCCGGUUAUUCAACGACGGACAUCUCCGGGAGUUCCUGAGCGAUAGAGCCAAAAAUCACUUCAGGAAUAGGGACUCCAAUAAGCAGACCGAGCAAGAGAAAUCUCGUCACGUCAUCAAUAUGAUUAUCGGUGGGGUCGACGUCCCCCAGGGAUCGAUGCUAAAACGAACUAAAGUGUCCAUCACAAGGGAAAAACAGACUCAGGAUUACAUGCUAGAAGGAACCGUAUCUUUCAACGACGAGGACGCUAAAGUCAUCGUACAACCGCACAAUGAUGCACUG